AUGGAAAAUCAUAAUCAAUCAUGCACGGCUAUUCCACAAACAGCUACUGGGCCAAGUGUAUGCAUGGGAGGUCCUAGUCAUAAUGAAACUUUUUUUCCCCCAACAAAUCUCCCGCAUGAUGAUGGGUAUGAGUAUGAGCCUUAUGUUAAUGACGAUCCAGUUGCCCUUUUUGGUGAUGAUGAUGAAAGAGUUGAGGGGUGCAGUAGUUCUGAUGAUAACUCAGAGGAUCAGUUGUCGAUGCUACAUGUGGUUCAAGUAGAUAAUUCAAAUGUACGACCAUUGCCAAGUCGUCAAGAAAGCCAAGGACGGAGGACUGCUGGAUCAGAGAGCAGUCGUCCAACUACACAAGAUGAUGGAAAUAGAUGGAGUUCUCCAGCAGGGACACUGGAAGCAUCCUACCAGAAGUUACCAUCGUACUUGUUCAUGCUUCAACAGAAAAAUCCCGGGACGUUGACAGAUUUUGUCACUGAGGAAGAUCGAUUCAAAUAUUGCUUUUUCUCACUCGGAGUUAGUAGAAGAGGGUUUCGUACAUGUCGUCCUGUGUUAUGUGUGGACGGUACCUUUUUAAAGACAAAAUACGGUGGGCAGAUGUUAUGUGCAGUCGCACUGGAUGCAAAUAACCAUCUAUAUCCAGUUGCAUUUGGUAUUGUGGAUAGUGAGAAUCAUGAUUCUUGGAAGUAUUUCAUGUCAAAGCUAAAAGAAGCGAUUGGGGAAGUCGAGGACCUGGCGUUUGUAUCUGACAGGCAUGCAAGUAUUACACAUGCCUUGGAAACUAUUUUCCCCGAUGCCUAUCACGGUGCUUGCUACCACCACAUUAGUAUGAAUGUGGUUGCUAAAUUCAAGACUGAUCAUUGUCAUGUGUUGAUGUAUAAUGCGGCAUAUGCUUUUAGGAAAUUCGAGUAUAAUAUAAUGACAAGCAAUUAUGCUGAAAGUUUCAACAAUAAGACCCGGGAUGCUAGGAGCUUUCCGAUAACUACAUUCGUCGAAUUUAUUCGCUUCACACUACAGUCCUGGUUCUGUAAUAGGAGAGAAACUAGCGAGAAGACAACUACCACUCUUGCACCGACCUAUGAGAAAAUUUUGGUGGAUAUGGCUGAGAAAUCUCAAUUCUUGAUUCCUUAUGCAAUAGGGAGGCAUGAGUUCCAUGUGUUAGAUGAUUACUAUAAAAUUGAGACAUGGAGGUCCUCUUACACAGAAUCUAUAUAUCCUACUGGUAACGAGGAAGAGUGGAUUGUUCCACAUGACAUUAUGACAAUAACAGUGAGAACACCUGCGCAGAAAAACCCGGUUGGUCGUCCAAAGAAGAAACAAGGUAGGCCUAAGACGAAACGCCAUCCUUCCAAUGGAGAUAAAUUGGUUGUUCCACGCAAGUGCAGCACUUGUGGAGGUCUAGGCCAUAAUAGGGCAACUUGUAAAGUUCGUGUUUGA